GAAUGCUUGUUUUAAAGACCGCCUUAUAGGCACGGUGCCAUCAUAGCUUUCAUGGACAGCGUAAUAGCAAAAUGCGACCGUCAUAGUCCGGCGUCUCAGGUCGGACUUACCUAUAUUGAGCUGUGUUGUCAAUCAAGUUCUGUUGUUCUCCCGCACUUCUGAUGUUGGCUAGGAUUAUGGCACAAGAAAAGAGGCUGUUACACUCCGACCAAUUGCUUAGUCACAUUCCCAUACGCGCACCAUACGGGAUGCUCCUUAUCCUGAAACUGCUAGGUAUCUUACUACUUGUAUUCGGAAAAGCGGAGGCGCUGAAUACAUGCGCUUGGUCAACGACAGGCGCAGCUCAACCGGUGUUGUCAAGCUGCACCAUAUCCAGCAGCAACUCAACGGCCGACUAUCUUAACCUUUACAGCAAAAGAGAUCCCGGUUUGUGGCUUCCUUUGGAUCUUCGUCCGCCUUUAGGAGUCCAUGCUCGCUUAUUCGAUGUCAACUUGCAAUUGCCACUUUGCGAGCCCUUAUGGAACUUGAGCGCCAGGGAAUGCUCUUUCCUACCAUCGGCUACUUGGCCCAGCACUGGCCUCCAGGCCGGCCCCGCCUACCUCUACUACGAGCGCCUCACGGGGCCCACCUCAACCGCCCAGCGCCUCAACAUUUCGUGCCCGCCCGGCGACUGGGCCCGCCUGCUGGCCGGUUCCGCACAAGGCCUGGCGCCCUGCGGCACUGCCACCGUGGCCUCCGGUCCGCAGCUGCUGGCCGCCCUGCAGCUGCUGCAACCGGGCCACUCGCGGCUGCUGGUGACGCUGGCGGCCAACAUCAGCCUGCCCGCGGACGCCACCCCCCAGCGGCUGGAGGCGCCGACCGAUGGCGCCCAGCCGCUGGUGAGCGUCUAUCGCAACGUGACACUGGCGGGCGCCGGUGGUGGGAGCGGCACGGAGCUGGAUGUGAGGAUGCGGCAGAACGCCUUUGGCCUGCUAGACGUGUCGGCGGGGCAGCAGGAGCAGCCCGAGCAGGGGGCUGGCUGGCGAGGCGGACCGGUGAUAACGCUGGCGGAUGUGCACAUCGUCAACGUGCCGCGAGGGCCGCCGUCCAGCUGGCCCCUGGGUCUGCUCAGCCUCAACCACUACUACGUGGGAAUGAACAGGAGUGCUGCCGGGGUUCGCCUGAUGCUGCUGCGGACGCGCACGGUGCACACGCCGGGGGAGUUCAGCUACAUGAGCUACUGGUUCGGACGCAUGAUGUCCCUGAACCCGGAGGAGCAGCGCAGCGCCGCUUGGCUGCAAGCACUGAUGAGGACAAUGCAAUACUUUGCGGACGCCGACGGAGGUCACACCUCGUUCAACUCAAUCGGGAGCUUUAUGUGGUCCUUCAACAUCACCAUCACGCCCACUCCGCUGCUGACCCCCGCAUCCCAGCCCGACUUCGACCUGUGGUCCCUGUCGCCCUCGGCGCUCAUCAGCGGCUCCGCGGCCCCGCUCCCGCCCACCAGCUUUGAGGUCGUGCGGGAUGCGGCGCAGCUGCUGGCUCUGCUGCAGGACGCGUGGACAGGUGGCCCGCGGGUCGGCCUGCUGCCAGCCAACAUCACCCUUCGAGCAGGCGAGUGGCCCCAGGAUGGCGCCAAUCUGUCGUACAACUUGACCCUGCUGGGCCCUGCGAACGGGUCACCUGUGUGGCUGGACGCUGGCGGCAUGCGGCUCGUCCUUUCAUCCUCGGGGGUCCCGGCCGUGCUGCAGCUGCAGCGGCUGCGGUUGGUGGGCUUUCUUGCGCCGCUGUUGGUAGCGGACCAGGGGGACGUCGCAGAGGCCGCGGCACUGGGCGCCUUUGCGGGGUCGCAGGCGCUGGGGGCGUGGCGCGACAGGUGCCUUGGGCAGUCCUACAACAGCUCCGGAACCUCUGCAACUGCGGCAGCUUCCGUGACGAUCGAGGUUCGCAACUGCACGUUGGAGAUGAGCGCAGCCUCGCUGCUGCUGCUGGCUGCCUCUUUCAACGGCUCCUGCGGCGCUAGCGGCAGCUCCUCCUCUGCUGCUGCUGCUGCCUGCAAGCUGGUGCAGAUGGUUCGCAGCAGCGACGACAGCGGCGGCCUGACGCUCCCACGGCCACUGCGCACCCUGCUGGGACGCUCGCUAGCGGGGCAGGUGGUUUCAUCUCCCGCUUCCAGUUCGGCCGUGUUGCUUGCGUCGGGGCGCGUUGGGUCGGUCCUGCUUGCCAACAGCACUGCCGUGGCGACCGGGGGCGCUGCGGCUCCACUAGCGGCGGUGGGCAGUGACGUCCCCGCAUGCAGCGUCGUUUCACUCUUGCUGUUAGCGCAAGCCCUCCUCCGGCAGCCCCUACCACCACCACCUCCCGCGCCCAGCAGCCCCCCUCCAACAAGCCACCACAGCGCUCAUAAGGCGGUGGUGGCGGGCUCGGCAGCUGGCGGCGGAGCCGCUGGGGCGCUUUGCCUGCUGGCGGCGGCGGUGGCUGCGGUACGGCACCAUAGGCGGCGACGCGCUUCGACGCAACGGCCCCCUGUCAAGGGCUCCGAGGCGCCGUUGGUUGGAAUAGCUGUGAGCGCCAACGGUGGUACCGGUCAUACCGACGCGGGCAGGGGCGAGGGGGGAGCUGGCGUGUCGUACGGCGGCGGAGGCGCCAUGGUGGUUGACUCCGGCGCCGGCGGCCACGGCGGUUUCCGUCAUGACGAGGAAAGGCUUACCUUCAGCACGGUUCAGGGUUCCCAAGCCGGCAGCCUCGCAGCCCGUGGCAAUGCGCUGACGAUGUUGGACACGGUCCUGCUGGACGGCUGCUGGAAUGCAGGGGGGAACAAUCGCAUGCGUUGCGCCACCGGCCCACGGGUCGCAAGGCGCUCGCUGGAUGCCCUCGCUACGGAAGUCCGUGCUGUCGUGGCGGAAGAGAUCGAGCAGUUGGCUCGCAAGUGCCAGGCCGCUGCUGCUGUCCCCGUGGGAGGUCGGACACCUAGGCGGCUGCUUGGCAGAGGAGCGCAUGGAGCUGUGUAUAUGGGCCACUGGCGCGGGCUGCCCGCUGCAGUCAAGGUGGUGGUGAUGCGGCCCGGCGACCCGGCGCGGCGGCGCGAGCAGCUGGCGCGCGAGGCGGCCAUCACCAGCGCGCUCAUCCACCCUCAUGUGGUGCCCACCUACCAGUUCGCGCUGGGGGCGGUGCCGGAGAAGACCGCGUCGAGCGUGCUGCUGGGUACUGCGUACCUGGAGGACGGCGACUGGCUUCCAGACACCGGGCAGACCAGCGCGGACAAGGCGGCUGCGGUGUGUCUGCGGCUGGCCAUGCAGUACUGCGAGGGCGGCUCCCUGCGGCAGGCGCUGCAGGCCGGGCCCCUCAGCGGCAACCGGGGCAGCCGGCAGCGCCCGCAGCCCCCUCCGAGGCCGCAGGUGCCGGCAGCUCCGUCGCCGCAGCAGGGGCCUCUCGCCGCGGAUACCCUGCUGGCUGCAGCCGCAUGGGCCGACCCGCCCCCGCCGCCGAGGACAACCCGGGGCCCUGAUGCGGCGGCGGGCCCCUGGGGCGACCCCCGGAUGACUUGGGGCUGCCUGAGGGCCACGCCACACAUGCCCCUUGCCCUGCUUGCCGCCUUGGACAUGCUGCGCGGUCUUGCCUUCCUGCACUCGCGGGGUAUCGUGCACGGCGACCUCACGGAGAACAACGUGCUUCUGAAGGAGGUGCAGCCGCUGCUGCCGCCGGCGCCCGUGUCGUUGCCGCCGCUGCCCCUCUCGCCGGCGUCAUCGAUCGGACCCGCAUCAAGGGCGGCGGCCGCGGCGGGCGGCCUGCAUGCAGCCCUGGGCGCUGGCCCCACGUUGUGGAGAGCCCAGCUGCACAACGGCACGGUGGCGGACACCGGAGGCCCCGGGGUCGCCGGCGGUUCAGGCAGGCUGGGGAACUUCCUUGUCCCGGCGGCGGCUGAGCCGGCCUGUGGGGCAGGGAGGCCGGGAGACUCUGAGUCGGUUCGGCUGGAAAUACUGCCCGAGGAUGAAGCUGACGAAGGCCAUGACGCGCCACACCCGCACAGCGGUGCAGGGGAAGUAGCGCCUGACUUGAGCCGGCAAGAGUGCCCAAGGCGGCCGAUAUCGCCACCACCCCUAGCUGCGCCCCUGCCCCUUGCGUUAGUUUCGGAUAUCGAGUUGCAGCGGCUCGAGCCGUGUACGGCGCACUUUGGUGUGGGUGCUGCCGAGGGCGGCACAGAGGUAGCGGCGGCGGUGGGGGCGGAGGCAGGAAUGAUGGCUGCGGCUCUGAGGGAGAUCAGCGUGAGGAGAAGCGGCGGUAGCGACUCGGGCAGCGAUACCGGCAGCCGCAACGGCAUCACCGGCAUGCUUCCCGAGGCGGCCGAGACCGCGAGUGCCCCCAUUGCCAACUCAGCGGCGGUCCGGGGACGCCCGAGCACUGGGGAUUGGGCGCUGCAGAGCCUGACGGGCAGUGCGGCGCUGAACGACGGCUCUGCCCCGCCCCCGCGGGCGUCCUUCGACUCCUCGGCACCUUUGCCGAAUCUUAACACGGGGGACGCCCGGAACCCACCCAGGGAGCCCACCAGCGCUAGUGCUCGCCGCCAGGAGCGCGUCUGGUCGCACAGGCGGACGCUGGGUGUGGGCACCCCGCGCGACGACCGGUCAGCGGAGCUUGCCGUACCGGAUCUUGCCGCAACUGCCGAGCGGUUGCUGAGCUACUCGUUCAAGAUCGCCGACUUUGGGCUGUCAGUGCAGCUGUCAGACCUGGCCGCAAGCCACGUCAGCGACAUGGCGCAGGGCACCCCCUUCUUUGCCGCCCCCGAGGUGAUGAUGUCGGGCCACAUGUCCCCGGCAGCGGACAUGUACAGCUUCGGCGUCCUGCUGUGGCUGCUGAUGCACGGCGUGUCGCUAGGGCAGCUGCGGCACCUGCUGCCCGCAACCCCCUGUAUGCCCGUCUGGUCGCUGCUGCUGCGGCACAUGGCGCCCGACCUGCCCCCCGCCGCCGCCGCGCUGCUGCGGAGCUGCCUGGCGGAGCGACCCACGGACCGCCCUGCGGCGCUGGAGGUGAAGCCGAGGGUGCGAGAGCUGCUCAAGGAGGUGUGCGGUCCGGAGCUGUGCGGGCUGCUGCUCGGGGCGGAGCGGCGGGAGGUGGUGCGGGAGGCGCCCAGCUACCCCGUCAACGAGUGAACAGCGCACGGGGGGUGGCGGUGCAAGAGGAGGGGCUGCGGGAGUGCGGGUGUUGAGGUGUUGAGGAGACGGGGGAUGGCACGUUUGCCCGCUCCUUGCACGGAGGCUUGUGCUGAAUGCUAGGAUGGCAAUAAAGGACAGACAGUAGCCCUGGCUGAGGGUUAAAUUUUGUUAGGGCUUGCAUUUUAAAAAUCCGUGAAUUCUCGAAUUAUCUUGGGUAUCCGUAUUUGCGUGCCCUAGCGGCUUUCGAGGGGCCAACGAAGCUCCUCUGCCAGCUCCUCUGCCUCCAUCAUAAGUGUAGUAGUACUGUGGGUAACGGAAAGGCGCAGCGAAAUAAGAUUGGUGGGUGGGAAGUAUACGGUAUGGAGGGACACCGCAGCCCUAGAGCUGCUCGUUUUGCAUUUGGUGCAGUUAGCCGUAUCAUUAUUGCAUGUUUUGGCGAAGGAAGGUGUCCAUUAAGGGAACUCUGGUGGGGGAACUCGAAGCCAAAAAUUCAUCUACAAGAGUUUGCGGGGAACACAGCAAAGUGAUCAUGAUGUGCAAAUGGAUUGCUUCUUCGUAUGUACUGUUGGGGGAGGCCCAUGCACCCAUGGGGAUGCUGACACUGUUGCUGGCAACCAUGCCUUAGCCCACAUCGCCUUGACAGGCGUUGUCAAUGCCGUCGCGUUCCUACGACUCACCGUAUCCCGAUAACGCGUGUCGUUAGUUUAUGGUGGUUUCCGCGGGCCUAUAUCACCUGAACUCUUCAAAAGGCGAUUUUUGUAAGGAGACGUCCUAUCGCCUAAGAUGAUAGGGACUUGGAGCGGAAGGCAACCCACUUUAAACUUCAAAUAGCUGAA